AUGAUCACCGGCAAGGAUGUUUAUGAAGUUCUUGCGGCACUUGUGCCAUUGUAUGUUGCUAUGACAUUAGCCUACGCCUCUGUAAGGUGGUGGAAACUCUUCACACCGGAACAGUGCGCGGGCAUUAACAGGUUUGUUGCUGUCUUUGCUAUUCCAUUUCUUUCCUUCAAACUCAUUGCUUCCAAUAACCCUUACAAAAUGCACUAUCAAUUCAUCGCGGCUGACUCUCUACAAAAAGUAGUAAUUCUUGUUAUCCUCUUUCUGUGGAAUAUCGUUAGCAAGAAAAGUAGCCUUGAGUGGACGAUUACUCUCUUUUCUCUCUCUACUCUUCCAAACACUCUAGUCAUGGGCAUCCCCCUCCUGAAGGCCAUGUAUGGAGAUUUCUCAGCCUCUCUAAUGAUCCAAAUUGUAGUAUUUCAGGGUGUAGUGUGGAAUACUCUCUUGCUCGUUAUGUUUGAAUACAGAGGAGCAAAGAUUCUCAUCACUGAGAAGUUCCCCAAGACUGCAGGGUCCAUUGCUUCCUUCCAAGUUGACUCUGAUGUUGUUUCAUUAGAUGGUCUUGAACCACUACAAGCUGAUGCUGAGAUCCGUGAGGAUGGUAAGUUUCAUGUAGUGGUGAGGAAAUCAUCUGCAUCUUCUAUGCCUCCAAGAGCCUCUAACCUAUCUGGUGUCGAGAUAUAUUCACUACAAUCAUUCCGAGAACAAUCAACAAGGGCUCCAAGCUUUAACCAAGCAGAUUUUUCCUCCCGUGGAUAUGCAAAUGGUUCUCAAGUUGGACCUCUUGAUGAUAUUUUUUCCUUGCCAUCUUCAAGAGGCACACCAAGAACUUCUUUGAAUUUUGAGGAUGAGAUGUUGAAAACUGGGAAGAUAAGGAGAGAGAGUUCAGAGCAUUAUAAGGAUCAGCUUCACAUGUUUGCAUGGAGCCCAACUGCAUCAUCUCCUAUCAACUACGGAACUGCCAGCUCCACAGACUUUGGGUUCAUAAUCGAGAACUCAGAGGCUGAAAUUGAACAGGGAAAAACUCCUUCAAUAGGUAUGGAUGAAGUAAAUGGCGAAAAGAACCACCAAAUGCCUCCCGCAAGUGUCAUGACAAAGCUCAUAUUCAUCAUGGUUUGGAGGAAGCUCAUUAGAAACCCUAACACCUAUUCAAGUGUUUUAGGCAUUGCAUGGUCUCUCAUAUCUCCCAGGUUUCACAUCAAAAUGCCGUCUAUUAUUAGUGGAUCCAUUUGGAUAAUAUCUGAUACUGGUCUGGGGAUGUCUAUGUUUGCUCUAGGUUUAUUCAUGGCUUUACAGCCAAAGAUCAUUGCUUGUGGGAAAUCUUUGGCAGUAUUCUCAAUGGCUGUUCGGUUCCUGGUAGGCCCAGCAGUGAUUGCUUUAACCUCUAUAGCCGUUGGUCUUCGUGGAGUUCUAUUGCAAGUUGCAAUCAUUCAGGCUGCCCUUCCACAAGCAAUCGUUUCCUUUGUAUUUGCCAAGGAGUACAAUGUCCAUGCAGACAUACUUAGCACUUCGGUUACCUUUGGAAUGGUGGUUGCCUUGCCCAUAGCAAUUCUCUACUAUGUGCUUCUCGGCCUGUGACUGUGAGGUUUUAACUUCAGGGAGAGG